AUAAAAUGAUCGACUAGACCUACCUACUUAUCUGCAUUCUCUCAGACAUCAAAUACAUUACAAAUCAAUCGAACGAAAUCUCCUCGAAGAAAAAUGCGCGCUACCCUUUAUCAAGUCAUAGUCUUGUGCUUUGGAUUUAUGGUCAUUGCUGCCCCUCUCAGCGAUCCUAACUUCCUUGAGACCAGAUCAAGAGAUGGUGAUGAAUUUGUGAGAUGGCCUGACAACGCCAUUGAUGCAAACGGGCUUGCUGUUGCCGCCUACCAAGGGGACUGAAGAAGACAGGAGUUGUCUGACAAAUCAGAGGCUGUUUUUGGAGUUGAGCGAUAAGGAAAGGGGAUGGAAAGUGGCUUGUGGAGGCUGUGUUG